ACGAAAUGCUUGUUUAGUUUUGGGAGAGUGGACGGAGCCGCUGCUGCAAAUUAUUGCCGGUCACUGAGACUGAUGACUGAACUCUGAACUUUUUUGUGCAAUUAAGCAGCGAAUAGUGGAAUAAAGCAAAUUGCGUACGAAAUUCCCGUUGAUAAUAACAGAUAAAGCGCGCAAUUGAAAAUUCAAAAUCUGAUAAGAGCUCUUAAGCCACAGCUAUUGUCAGACAAGCAACAAAAACCAGUUGCUUCAAGUUGGACAUCUUUUUUGCUGUUGUGCUGAGAAAGCGGAAAAUUCAUUGAUUUUCAACCGAUUGCUGCCACGCGAGCAGCAGCAGCAGCAGCGACAGAAUGCAUAAAGCCUUUGUGAAUAUAAAUCGCAUACCCACACCCAUCAUUACGUGGGGCAAGUGGAUCGAGGAGUCGCUGACCGAUGUCAAAGAGCUGGUCAUUUGCAUAACGGGUAAUCCGGGAUUGCCCGGUUUCUACACCGAAUUCGGCGCUGCACUGGAGCAGGAGCUGCCAAACCUGCCCGUCUGGGUAAUAGGUCAUGCUGGUCACGAAGAUCCGCCAGAGGCGAGCAUUCGCGAGGUGCCGCAGCUCAGCGGCAACGAGGAGCUCUUCAAUCUGAACGGACAGCUGGCGCACAAGUUGGACUUCAUCAAGAAUUACGUGCCGAGUCAUGUAAAAAUCCAUCUAAUUGGCCAUUCGAUUGGCGCCUGGAUGAUACUGCAAUUGCUCGAAGACGAGGAGAUUCGCAGUCGUGUCAAGAAGUGUUACAUGCUGUUCCCCACCGUGGAGCGCAUGAUUGAAUCACCCAACGGUUGGACAUUCACCAAGAUCGCAAUGCCUCUGUAUUCCGUCUUUGGCUAUGUUUCCUUUCGCUUCUUCAAUAUGCUGCCCGUUUGGGUGCGCAUCUUCCUCAUUCAAACUUACUUUUUCAUCCGUUCGAUACCCAAUAGCUUUGUGGACACCGCCCUGCAAUAUUUCAAGUCAUCGGUGGCGGAGAAGAUCAUCUUUAUGGCCGACGAUGAAAUGGCUCGUGUUCGCUUUCUGCAGCACAAGAACAUCGAAGAGCAUUUGCCACUGCUAAAGUUCUAUUAUGGCAAAACAGAUGGCUGGGUGCCCGUCUCCUAUUAUGACAAGCUCAAGCUGGAAUUUCCCCAAGUGGAUGCACAGCUGGACGACAAGGGAAUCGCUCAUGCAUUUGUGCUCCGGCACUCGAAGCCUAUGGCAAGCAUUGUCGGCAAUAUGAUAAAGGAGAAUUUAGAUUAGAAAUGCUCCGCAUAUGUUUUGCUCGCAGUUAGCCAAUUGUUGCCUAAUCUUUAGUUGUUAAGCAAUCACUUUACUGGGUAUCGAUUAGAAUUGCAGAGAAGCUGCAAAUUGCAAAUGAUUCAUCGAGGCAAUGAGAAAUGCCGGAGACAAUUUUAUAUUUUAAGUGGACUCGGCAAAGUUUUGCUAUUCUAAAUGGGAUUGGGACCAGCUCCUGCACAACAGCAAUUUAUCUAAUUCAAAUAAAUACCAAUUGUUGUAACACA